AUGGCCUCUUCCUCUUCCUCUUCUUCUUCGUCGGCUGGUGCUGGAGUUGGCAAAAUCGCGAACGAGAUUCAUGACCUCGUCGAAAGAUGUUGUCCCAAACUCCGCAACAGGGUUGAGCAUUGGCUGCGGUGCUACCAGGAUCCACAGCUUCUCUACGAGUCCCUCCGUAGGGAGUAUGGCCUGGGACCAUCUGUACAGGUUGUAGAUGACAGUGAUGAUGAAGGGGCGAAUACUCAGUCAGGGCUCGACCUGAGUCCUCCAAGCAGCCUGACAGAAACACCUGCAGGUGCCUCUCACCCUCACAACAGACGCAAGGUGAAGUUGUGCGAGGCCUGGCCGUGA